AUGUUCACUCAGGAUAGCAGCGGAGACGAGAGUCCAGACACUAGUCAUUAUUUUACAACCAAUCAAAGUUUUAAGAAUCGUCAAGAGUUGGAGGAAUGGGUGAGAGAAAUCGGAAAGGAGUGUAAGAUUUGGUUUUAUGUGCAGAAUUCUUUUAGCAACCGUGUGUAUUUGAGAUGUGAAAGGGGUGGUCCUUAUAGAAGAUUUAUAUCUUCGAAAGUGAAUCAUAAUAGGAGGAAAGGAACGGGAACAAAAAAAAAUCAUUGUCCUUUUCAAGUAGUGGGUGCUCAAGUAGAGGAAGGUGUUUGGAAGGUUUUUGUGAAUGAAUGGAGGAGCAAACACAACCACAAAGUAGGUAAGUAUAAUAAGUGGCAUACUUCGGUUGCAAAAUUAACGAGAGAAGAAUUUGCAAAAAUUGGCACGUAUCGUCAAUCUAAUAUGAAAAGCAAACAAAUACUCAAUUUGUUGAAGAAAGAGAACCCACAAAAUAACAGCUCAAUCAAACACAUUAACAAUGCUUUGCAGAAGUUGAAGAGGAGUAUGAUGGGUUCUUUUUCACCAAUGCAAUUCUUUUUCAAGAUGCUAAAAGAUUAUAAUUAUUUUCAGUGGCACAGAAGGGAGGAAGGCACGAAUGUGCUAAGUGAUGUACUCUUCGCACACCCGAAAACUACCGAUCUACUGCGUUUAUUUCCUUAUGUAUUAAUAUUAGAUGCAACCUACAAGACAAAUCGGUUUGAGAUGCCGCUUUUGGAAGUGAUAGGUGUAUCACCAACUGGCCAGAAUUUCCAUGUCGGUUUUGCUUUCAUGAAGGAUGAGACAACAGGUAGUUUCUUGUGGGUGGUACAACAAUUAAAGAUGUUGUUUGGCCGAUGCCAAGAGCCAGGAGUGAUUGUUACAGAUAGGGAGUUGGCACUCUUGAAAGCUAUUAAGAUUGUAUUUCCGCAUUCUAGACGCCUUUUAUGUAGACGGCAUAUUGCAAUGGAUGUUGAACGAUACCUUACUAAUUUACUAAAAUGUAAAACAUAUUGUCCCGCCUUCAGUGCAAGGUGGCACAAAAUUGUUCGAGCAAGGACACAAGAUGAGUAUUAUUCACAUGUGGAGCAAUUAUACAAGAAGUGGUUUCGUUUACCUGCAAUGUUAUCUUAUGUGAAUAUGACAUGGUUAGAGCCAUACCGAAAGAAGUUUGUCACCCGAUGGACAAAACAUGCUUUACACUUUGGUGCGGAGACAACAAAUAGGGUUGAGGGUGCACAUUCUCAAUUGAAGCGUUGGUUGGGAACAGCAACAGGGAGUUUUUAUUUGUUGUUACCCCAAAUUUAUGAUCUUGUAGAACUACAAUUCAAUGAGAUUCAACGAGAGUUUGAAAGGUCCCGAACGGUUCACCUUCACAUUACAUCAUUCUCAUUAUUCCGUCGAUUAGCUGGUCGUGUUUCCCACAAAGCCAUUCAGCUGCUGGAUGAAGAAUUUAAGACUCGAGGGUCUACUAUAGGUGUGGAUGCUGUGAAAUGUGGAUGUGUGUUGAGAUCUAGCUUUGGUUUGCCAUGUGCUCAUGAGAUGGGUAUAAUGGUCAUUGAACAUAGACCCAUUGAUCCUCUUGAUGUUCAUGUCUUUUGGAGAACUCUUCAUAUGGAAGGUGUAACAUGCAAUCUAAUCACACAAGAUAAAGCAACUGGAUCGCAAUUAUUGAGUGAAAUGAUGGAUGAACUGCGGAAAGAAUCAGAUAGGCAACAAAUGUAUUAUGCAGAAUGCAUCCAUAAUAUGAUUCAUCCCCAAUCGACAGAUAUUGAAGAGCCCAAACAAAGGAGUCACAAAGGCCGACCAAAGCACAAUCCUACUAAGAGAAACUUAUCUAGUUGGGAGUGGGCAAAUAAGAAAACUAAAUCAGGUACAAGAAACAAUUCAUCCUAUUCUCAACGAGAUUCUGAACAUAAUAAUUGCGAUUAUAAUGAGGCAAAAUCAUCAGACUCUCAAACUUAUGACAAAAGACUACCUCACUUUAUUGUCCCUUACAUUGACGAAUAUGUGGAUGUCAUCGGCGACGGAAAUUGCGGGUUUAGAUGUAUUGCUUAUUAUGAGUUAUACUCUUCUUGGCAGUCUUACGUUCUUGCCUUUAGAAUGUCGUCGCGGGAGUUAACCUCCAAUGUUGCACAUCAACCUGGGACUUAUUGA